CACAAAGGAGUAAGUUUUCCAAGCUCUGGUUUUGUGCCUCCCCAACUUACGUCUCUCUUCCUCCCUGCAGCCCUGGCCGGACGACUGGGGUGUUUGAUAAUGAGAUUGUGAUGAUGAAUCAUGUCUACAAGGAACGGUUCCCAAAGGCCACGGCCCAGAUGGAGGAGCGCCUGGCGGAAACCAUUGCCACCUUCUGCCCCAGCAGCACCCUCCCACUGGCAGAUGGCGUCCUGGGUUUCAUUCACCACCAGAUCAUUGAGUUGGCACGCGAUUGCCUGGCCAAGUCCCAGGGGGCCCUGGUCACCUCCCGCUACUUCAUGGAGCUGCAGGAGAAGCUGGAGAAGAUGCUGCGGGACGCUCAGGAGCGUUCAGAGAGUGAGGAGCUACAUUUUGUGGAGCAACUUGUCCGGAAGCUGCUAAUCAUCAUUUCCCGUCCCGCUCGGCUGCUGGAGUGCCUGGAGUUUGACCUGGAGGAGUUUUACCACCUCUUGGAGGCGGCGGAGGGUCACGCCAAAGUAGGCCAAGGGAUCAAGACUGACAUCCCACGCUACAUCAUCAGCCAACUUGGGCUGGCCAAGGACCCUCUGAAGGAAAUAGUUCAGCUGGAUCAGGUGGACUGUGGCUCCCCUGCAGGGUCUGAGCAGCAAGAUGAGUCUUGCACCUCCAUCUCUCGGAGGAAGCCCUGCGAGAGUGAUUUUGAAACCAUCAAGUUGAUCAGCAAUGGCACCUAUGGGGCGGUCUAUUUGGUGCGCCACAAGGAGACCCGCCAGCGCUUUGCCAUCAAGAAGAUCAACAAGCAGAACCUGGUGCUGCGGAACCAGAUCCAGCAGGUCUUUGUGGAGCGCGACAUACUCACUUUUGCUGAAAACCCCUUUGUGGUCAGCAUGUUCUGCUCCUUUGAGACCAAACGCCACCUCUGCAUGGUCAUGGAGUACGUGGAAGGUGGUGACAGUGCGACACUGCUGAAAAACAUGGGUCCGUUACCUGUGGACAUGGCCCGGAUGUAUUUUGCGGAGACGGUUCUGGCCCUGGAGUACCUCCACAACUAUGGCAUUGUCCACCGGGACCUCAAGCCAGACAAGUAUGAGUGGUGGUGGAGGAUGGGAAGGGUUGGGAGGGAUCACUAAGAACAGAGAAAGAGACACAUGGGUGUGCAUGAUGUGCCUUUUUCCCUUCCCUGUUUUGGCCCUGAAAGGAGCCUGUUUAUUGGGGGUGGGGUAUCCCCUAUAGUUUGCAAAGGCAGCUGUUGGACAGCAUGAGUAACACCAAUUCAGACAAAGACAACAUCAGUGCUAAUCCACUUCCCCCUCAGUGCUUUUGUAAUUGUAUAAACAUUUGAGGCAAAUUUGGUCCCCCAAAAUGAUUUCUUUCUUUUUAAUUAACCAGCCUUGUGGCCCAAAUUUAGACACCCCAACUCUCAGUCCCUUAGAUUGAAAACAACUAUUACAAGGAAUUCCCCAAGAUUAAACUAAACUCUAAAACCCAACACUCAAACAGACUCUAAUCUAAAACUAGACAGCCUGCUUAGGCUUCAGUUCUGUACAUGUUUAUGAAGGGGUAAGUACCACUAAAAUUGCUUUGAAUAGACCUGCCUAGGAUUGUGUUGUCAAAAGUGGAAGAAGCUGCCAAGGAAAAUGAAAAAACAGCAUGCUGCCAACUCCUAUUGAGCUUUUUGGACUUCCAUAGGUGGUGACAGUGCGACACUGCUGAAAAACAUGGGUCCGUUACCUGUGGACAUGGCCCGGAUGUAUUUUGCGGAGACGGUUCUGGCACCUCUUGGCUGAAGCUAUUUUUAUUGUGGUGACAACUCACUUGGCUGCUGGCUUUCUAAAAUUCUAUAAUCUUGUAUGAAGAAGGGAUGCAUUCUUGCUGAUGCAGCCAGGAAUCACCUUAGCUUUUUUGGCCACCGUGUCACACUCUUGGCUCCAUGUUUAUGGAGCUCUCCCUUCUCUCAAAACUAGCUCUUUGAGGCUGCUCAAAAGAAGAUGUGCUUUAAAAAACAGAGAGAAUGAAAACACACAAGAAG